AUGAGCGAAAUCUUUGACAAACUAGUUGCAUACUGCAUCAGUACAGUCCUAUCAGGAUCAUCGGGUGUCACGAGCUUCUACACUCUUUUCCUCAUGGGAUGUAUCGAACGAUACGAUCCCGAUCUGUUGAGCAUGGGCGACACGAUGGACAAGAUUCUGGCGUCGAUGCCAGCCCUCAUUGUUCUAGGCUUUCUAGCGUUUCUCGAGUUUCUGGCUAUGUGUAUCCCUGUGGUAGAUGAGCUGGUUGACGGGUGCAUGACUCUGGUCGUUCCAUUCAUCAGCAUUAUUUCAACACUUGGAACAUGGGGUCUCUAUUUGCCUGAUGAAUUGAACGAAGCCGCCGUCAUCUUCAAUGGCGAUACCGGUAAUAAUAGCACAAGAAUGCUGGAAGAGGAAACCUUUGGCGGAGAUCUGAAGCAAGGUGUUGGUUUCGCCCAGAUUUUCGCACUAGUCACCGGCGUAUGUGUUGCGCUUGCAGUACAUCUCAUUAAGAUGUUGGUGAGAUUGUUCGGUGAAGGAUGGUUGACGAACAUAUUGGCCGUUUUGGAGAUUAUUAUUGUGACAUUCAGUAUCAUCGUUGUGGUCUUCAUUCAGUAUGUUGCAAUCCUCUUUGCUGCCUGCCUCUUGGCUUCCAUGCUAUGGUACUUUACGAAAGGAAGACGAGAGGCAGCCAAAAAGAAAAAAGAGCAGGAGGAAGCCAAGAACCAGCAGCAGCAGCAGCAGCGAGCCGUCCCUGAAGCUGUCCCUGAAGCAAACCAGCAAGAGGUCAUUCAAGAGGCGAAUCCCCCACCCUUCAAUCCAGAAGUGAAGGACGCGGAAGCAUAA